UGAAUCACGCAGAAGAGGAGAGGGUAUAAUAUAGCAUUGGGUAGAGAGAUGAUUGAAUAUAGGGAAGAGAAAACGGUUUCUUCAGUCAAAAGUGAUACAAAGUACGUUGUGGACGUUGAACGUUGGACGUUGUUUUUGAAAAAUUUCAGUCAAUUAAAUUAAAUAUAAUAUAGAAAUCAUGAAGAUAUUAUUACUUUUAAUUAUGGCAACAUUUGCCACCACACAAGCAGUUUCUUUCUACGAAUUGUUCAAAGAAGAAUGGACAACCUUUAAGAUGGAACAUAACAAAGAGUACAAAUCUGAUAUAGAAGAAAAGUUCAGAAUGAAGAUAUUCUUGGAUAACAAACACAAAAUUGCUAAGCACAAUGGGAAUUUUGAAAUGAAGAAAGUUUCCUUCAAACUAAAGAUGAACAAAUACGGAGACAUGCUUCAUCAUGAAAUUGUGAACGUAUUAAAUGGUUACAACAAAUCCAUAAAUACUCGAUUGAGAUCUGAAAGGCCACCUGUAGGUGCUACAUUUAUAGAACCAGCAAAUGUGGUGUUACCAGAGUCUAUAGAUUGGAGAGAAAAUGGUGCUGUUACACCUGUUAAAGAUCAGGGUCACUGUGGUUCUUGUUGGGCAUUUUCUUCUACUGGAGCUUUAGAAGGACAACAUUUCCGACAAACGGGAGUCCUAAUUUCUUUGAGCGAACAAAACUUAAUCGAUUGUUCUGUUAAAUAUGGUAAUAAUGGAUGCCAAGGAGGAAUGAUGGAUCAAGCUUUCCAAUAUAUUAAAGCCAAUAAGGGUGUUGAUACAGAAAUAACUUAUCCAUAUGAAGGUGAAGAUGAUACAUGCAGAUAUAACCCAAUGGACAAUGGUGCCUCUGAUGUUGGUUUUGUAGACAUUCCUCAAGGAAAUGAACACAAACUCAAAGCAGCAGUUGCUACUGUAGGACCAGUUUCUGUUGCUAUGGAUGCUUCACAUUCUUCUUUCCAGUUUUAUUCCGAAGGCGUUUAUUAUGAACCCCAAUGUUCCCCGGAUAACUUGGAUCAUGGUGUCCUAGUGGUGGGAUACGGAACUGACGAAGACGGUCAAGACUACUGGUUGGUGAAAAACAGUUGGGGAGAACAAUGGGGUGAUAAAGGAUAUAUCAAGAUUGCUAGGAAUAAAGAAAACCAUUGUGGUAUCGCUAGCGAUGCCAGUUAUCCUCUUGUCGGAAAUGAAAUGUAAUUUAAAACUUUCUAGAUGUCAAUGAUAAACUAGAAAUCCGAAGAAUGAAAAUGAACAAGUAUAAUUAUAUGUAAUAAUAAGUUUCAUUUAAUGGUGAUAAUAAAUAUUUGAAUAUAAUCUAAUUAAGAUUUUCCUUGUACAAUGACAAAAA